GUCAACCGUUACGUCAAAAUGUCAAAGAUCUGCUAAAAAUUGUAUGUUUUGAGGUUUUAUUGAUUGGAAGACUUUUUGGAAAAUUUUUGGUUGCCAACCCAUAUUUGAAAAGCAAAACGAAUACCUCAAAAUCUGCAGAUAUUGACUAAAGACAGUGUUAACAUCUUAACAUAACACUUUACUUUUAUAUAAAUUCUGGUUCGUCAAUCAAGGAGAAAUGCCGGCUGUACCGGGUGGAGUGUACCAAAGUCAGGGGCCAUCAUGCAUGGAUCGAAUAAAAAUGGGGUUCUUCCUCGGUUUCUGUGUUGGCAUGGCCAGUGGAGCAUUAUUUGGAGGUUUUUCGGCAUUAAGGGGGUGGUUUAAGGGGUAAGGAACUAGUGAACACAGUUGGUAAAGUGAUGAUGCAGGGUGGUGGAUCAUUCGGCACAUUCCUAGCAAUUGGAUCUGGUCUGAGGUGCUGACCUUUGAUGAAAGUAAAACUGUUAAUAUUCCGAUUGAGUGUAUAUCUAUGCAUAAUGCUGAUUGCAUAUGUUUCAUUGUUUUCAUCUAUACUACCAUUUUAAUAAAUUAUUAGUUGUAAGAUUUGUUAUAUCUGUAGUCCAUAUAUUUUACUAGAUGUGAACUUUAUUUUGUGAUUUGUUUACCUUAUUACCCUGUGUAAAUCAAGUUAUAUAAAAAACGAUAACGUGUUAUAGCAGUUUCAUUGAGGUAGCAUUUGUGUUUGUUCACAAUUUAUAGAAAUGUUUGAAAUUUUUCUAUGUUCAAGGCAUUGUAUUGAUAUAUGUUUCUGGGAGAUUUAAAUGAACUCCACCCUUUUAUUACUGAGAAGUCCCUAUAUCAGUUACAUGAGAAACUUGAUGUUUUCUGUAUCAUUCCAAUGUUCAUUAGAAACAAAUGUUAAAAAAUGAUCAUAUGAAACUUGAAGGGCAUAAAAUGUGACCUCAAGAUUUGAUAGCAGCCGCCGUCUCGCUUUUGAAAUAUCUAGCUCUAAAAUGAAUAAAAGCGUGAUUUUUCUCAUA